AUGAUUGAGGGAAUGGUGAAGGAUGGUGUUAUUGAACCUUCAUCUAGUCCAUGGUGUUCACAUGUGGUACUGGUAAAGAAGAAGGACGGCAGCAUGCGGUUUUGUGUUGACUACCGCCGCCUGAACGACGUUACGAAGAAGGACAGCUAUCCCUUGCCUAGAAUUGAUGACACGCUGGAUAUGCUCACAGGCGUAAAGUGGUUUAGUACGCUGGACCUGAAAAGUGGCUACUGGCAGGUUGAAAUUGACCCUAAGGACAAGGAGAAAACUGCAUUCUCCACAGGAAAGGGUCUGUGGCAAUUUAAAGUCAUGCCGUUUGGAUUGUGCAAUGCUCCAGCAACGUUUGAAAGAUUGAUGGAGCUUGUACUUACCGGGCUAAUUGGAGAUGCCUGUCUGGUCUAUUUGGAUGACAUAAUCAUCGUAGGCCGUAAGUUUGAGGAACACCUUCAAAACCUGGAACGCGUGCUCAUGAAGAUCCAGAGUGCCAACCUCAAGUUGAGUCCAAAGAAGUGCUCACUAUUCAAACGGCAAGUUAUUUUUUUGGGGUAUGUAGUGUCGGAAGAAGGUAUCCGCACGGAUCCAGAAAAAAUUGCCGCUGUCAAGGAGUGGCCGGUUCCAAAAGACAAGACACAGGUUAGAGCAUUUUUGGGUUUGUGCUCUUAUUAUCGGCGAUUUGUGAAGAACUUUGCAGAUAUAGCCAAACCUCUGCACAAGCUAACCGACGAGAAGCGACAUUUCUGCUGGGAUGAAAGUUGCGAUAUUGCGUUCCAGGAGCUCAAGAACCGUCUGUGCAAAACACCUAUUUUGGGGUACCCUGAUGCGGGCAAGGAAUUCAUAGUUGACACAGACGCAAGUGAUAUAGGGCUUGGCGGUGUGUUGUCUCAACGGAAUGGUGACCAAGAGAUUGUGAUAGCGUACUUCAGCAAGUCAUUGUCAAAGCCGGAAAGGAACUACUGUGUCACAAGACGCGAAUUGCUUGCUGUGGUAAAGUCCUUGCAGCAUUUUAGCAAAUAUCUUCUAGGGCGGAAAUUACACUUACGAACUGACCAUGCUGCACUAAAAUGGCUAUUGCAGUUCAAAAAUCCGGAAGGACAAGUUGCGAGAUGGAUUGAACUACUGCAGGAAUACGACUUUGUGAUCGAACAUCGCAGCGGAAAAUCUCAUGGUAAUGCAGAUGCAUUGUCAAGAAGACCUUGCCCUGAAAAUUGCAAGCAUUGUACUAGGCAAGAGGGUAAGGAAGUGGUAUCUGUGAGGAUGCUCAGGACAGACCAGCUCAGCAAUGAGUGGAAGGACAGCCUACAACAUGCACAGCAGGAAGAUUCGGAUAUUAAGCCGAUUCUGGAAUGGAUGAAGGCCAGUGCUCCUAAGCCCAAGUGGAGCGACGUCUCAGCAAUGAGUUCGACCACGAAAAGCUAUUGGGCCCAAUGGGACAGCUUGCUGAUUCAGGAUGGAGUCCUGUGCCGUAAAUGGGAAAAUGGUCGGGGAGACAGUUGUCAUUUGCAAAUGGUUGUCCCUAAGGCUAAAGUACCGGAUGUUCUACAGCUGUACCAUAGUGGUUGUUCAGGAGGCCACCUGGGAGUUAAACGAACUCUACUGAAAAUCCGAGAACGGUUUUACUGGGUCCACUGUCGUGACGAUGUCGAGGACUGGUGCCGCAAAUGUACAAGUUGUGCGGCUGUAAAGGGACCUCAAAUUCGUAGUAGAGGCGCAUUGAAAUUGUACAAUGUUGGUGCACCAUGGGAGAGGAUAGCCAUUGACGUUGCGGGGCCGUUUCCGGAAAGUGAAAGUGGUAACAAGUAUUUCAUGGUUGUGAUGGAUUACUUCACUAAGUGGCCAGAAGUCUUCGCCAUUCCAAAUCAAGAAGCUUCAACAAUUGCAGAUAAACUAGUUCAUGAAGUCUUCUGUCGUUUUGGAGUACCUUUAGAGAUUCACAGCGAUCAAGGAAGGAAUUUCGAGUCUCAAAUAUUCCAGGAAACUUGCAGAGUUAUGGGUACUCAUAAAACAUGA